AUGGCAGUUGACGUUGACAUCGUACGCCGCACCCAACGACCGCCAAAGCACUCUCUCUCUCUCUCUCUCUCACAUGAUCUUCUAACCAACAACAACACUUUCUCUCUCAUGGCGAUGCUUUCUUCUACUACUACUGCUUCCGUUUCGGGGAUUCAGAUUGACUCGUCUGCGUCUGCGUCUGCGGAGGUAGUCUCCGAUCCCACACCAUCGUCCCCCGAGGGAUCUCGCUCUGGGGGCUCACCUGAUCGCCAUGAUCCUUCCACGUCUUCUCCGAGCCCCAGCCGUGGUGGUGGUGACAAUAAUCAGUCUGAAGUCAUGUCGAGGAGUGAAGAGUAUCGCCAAUUAUUUCGGCUUCCAGCUGAGGAAGUCCUUGUUCAAGAUUUCAACUGUGCUUGUCAAGAGAGUAUUCUUCUCCAGGGUCAUAUGUACCUCUUCAUCCAUUAUAUCUGCUUCUACUCCAACAUCUUUGGUUAUGAGACCAAGAAAAUUAUUCCUUUUGCCGAAAUUUCUUGUGUUAAACGAGCAAAGACUGCUGGUAUUUUUCCCAAUGCCAUUGAGAUUUUAGCUGGAGGGAAGAAGAACCGCAUUCUUUCCCAGUACUUCUUUGCAUCCUUUCUUUCCCGUGAUGAAGCUUUCAAGCUUAUCCACGAUGGAUGGUUGGAAUAUGGUUGUGCUGUCAAACCAGAAGGUGAUCUUCAGGAUUCUUUAUCUGAGUCCAAAAACCAGGUAAAUGAUGGAGUUGUUAAAAGGGCACUCAGUUCCAUGGAUUUGGCAAAUGAACUAGAUAUCCCAUUGAGGGAUGAAAAUCUUCAUCUUUCAGGCAGUUCCAGUCUUCCUGUCAUUAAUCAGAAUGGUGUUUCACCUUCUUCUGUUCAGCGGUCUGCAGAACCAGUUGAAGAUAUUAUGGCUUCUUCUUCAGCCAAUACUUUCAACUGGAAGCCUGAAGAUAUAAACGCACCUAAAUUACCCAAUUUGUCCCAUCAAGCUUGUACUCAGUNUCAGGGCGGCCUCAGCAGCCUCUGCUCUACUCUAGACCGACUCCUCGCUUGGGAGAAGAAGCUUUAUGAGGAUGUCAAGGCAAGGGAAGGAGUGAAGAUUGAGCACGAGAAGAAGUUGUCUGCGCUGCAGAGUCAGGAGUACAAAGGAGGUGAUGAAUCCAAGCUAAACAAGACUAAAACUUCCAUAACCAGAUUGCAAUCUCUCAUCAUUGUCACUUCAGAAGCUGUUUUAACCACGUCUAGUGCCAUUCUUCGCCUCCGGGACAUUGACCUUGUGCCUCAGCUUGUUGAACUCUGCCAUGGAUUAAUGUACAUGUGGAAGUCAAUGCACGAGUACCACGAAAUCCAGAACAACAUCGUGCAACAAGUCCGUGGCCUGAUGAACCAAACAGAGAAAGGUGAGUCAACAUCAGAGGUACACCGGCAGGUGACAAGGGACUUAGAGUCAGCCGUAUCCUUGUGGCAUACAAGCUUCUGUCGCAUCAUCAAAUACCAGAGAGAGUUCAUCUGCUCUCUCCACGCCUGGUUCAAGCUGAGCCUGAGCAACGAAGAGCCAAAGAAACAGAGGCCAGAGUCGUUUGCCUUGUGUGAGGAAUGGAAGCAGAGCCUGGAACGGGUGCCUGAUACGGUGGCGUCAGAAGCCAUAAAGAGCUUUGUAAACGUGGUACAUGUCAUAUCAAUAAAGCAGGCGGAAGAGGUGAAGAUGAAAAAGCGCACGGAGAGUGCAGGAAAGGAGCUGGAGAAGAAGGCAUCCUCACUUAGGAGCAUAGAAAGGAAGUACUACCAGGCCUACUCGACGGUUGGGAUAGGCCCCGGACCGGAGGCAUUGGACGGACGGGAUCCGCUGUCUGAGAAGAAAUGUGAGCUGGCGGCGUGUCAGAGGCAGGUGGAAGAUGAGGUGAUGAGGCACGUGAAGGCAGUGGAGGUGACAAGAGCUAUGACACUCAACAAUCUUCAAACCGGCCUGCCCAAUGUCUUCCAAGCCUUGACCAGCUUCUCAUCUCUAUUCACUGAAUGUCUCCACACUGUAUGUUCUCGUUCCUAUUCCAUCAACAACUGAACUCAUGGUGAUGUAAAUUAUUUAUUUACCAAAGUACCACUCUGCUUCACUUUUGCAUUA